GGAACCGGCGCGGGCGCGGCACGGAGUCAGCCGCCUUCCUACUCAAAGAACUUAUACAAACUGCAUGGGGCCGCGCUCUAGCGAUCUCGCUGAUGCAGCUAGACAUAGCAGGUGCCUUCGACGCCAUGCCACACGAGUGCCUACUUGAGAUCCUCGCCCACCUCGGAGCCGACCCGGCCGCGCUUAACCUUAUCAGCUCCUUCCUCGAUGAUCGCUCCACGUAUCUUGUUAUCGACGGGGUCUCUAUAGGUUUGUUCCGACUCCGAUGCGGGAGCCCCCAAGGGUCCCCUAUCUCGCCUAUCCUCUUCAUUCUCUACAUCUUAAUCUUAUAUUACUAUCUAUCCAACAUCCCUGGUAUCCAACUUAUCGGGUUCUCCGAUGAUAGCAAUAUUGUCGCUAUUGCUCCUACGUACGCAGGCGUCGUCCGUUUACUAGAGGAAGCCUGGACCCGCUGUGCGUCCUGGGCGGACGCGCACGGCGCUACCUUCGCAGCAGCCAAGACAACUAUCACCCACUUCACUCGCGCCCACUCCCCUCUUACCACUAGUGUCCAACUCGGCCCCGUGUCGCAGCCGCCUACGGAAGCAGCGCGCUUCCUCGGGUUCUACUUCCAUCGGAAGCUCACGUGGGAAUACCACGCACGCGAAGCCAAGGCCCGCGCUGCCCGAGCUGCCGGGGCCCUGAGCGGCACCGGCCGGAUGGCGUGGGGGACCCGGCUCGAGAACGCUCGCCUUAUCUACACAAUGGUUCACCGCGCUAUCCUUACGUAUAGGUCAGUUCUCUUCCACAAGCCUGGGGAUAUCCCUCUAGGACCGGCACGCACCAUGAGUGGUACCCAGCACGAUAUGCUCCGGCUCCUGGCCGGGGCUUUCAGGGCCACACCAGCGCACCACCUAGAGGCUGAGCUUCAAAUCCCGCCCCUCCACCUAUAUAUGACCUACCGUAGCGAACGCUCCCUUGCGCGGUUCAAGAAUAACGGGACCCUUGCGAGGGUCCGCGCCGUGUCUGCCGCGGUGGCGGGCCUCCAGCGGCUUCCUCGUCGCCAGCGCUACCGUCGCCCCCUCGAGGACUACCACCGUCAGUAUAGCCGCGACCUUCUCGGGGCCGGACCGGCCCUCGAUCGCAAAUCCCUCUCCAAGCAGCUGAACGAGCGCUGGCAGCAGCACUGGCUACACCAGGAGUCUACACGGCUCUCCCGCCGGAGCGGUGCACAAGGCCACCGACCGUCGAACUGCUCAGAGCUCCCGCCUCGGCUCCGUACUGGCCGCCUGCCGGCGCCCUACCGGGGAGGGAACACCCCGAAACACAUCUCCUCCUUAGUACUGCAGAUAAGGACUGGAAAGAUUAGCCUAAACGACUUCUUGUUUAGCCGGCGCGUACCCGACCUGGCAUCGCCUCUAUGCCGUUGCGGAUCCGGGCGGGAGACCGUGUUCCACAUGAUCUUACAUUGCGAGCUCUACGACCGUCCGUUGCCGUCGACCGAGGCGGCUGUUCGCCGGGCCCUCGAUGAACCCAACGAUGCCGCGCGAUUAGCGCGAUGGUUACUAGACACAGGCCGAAUCGGCUACCUCACGGCAGCGCACCGGGCCCACGACAGCCGACCUGGACAGGGAACGACUAAUUGAUACUACUAUUUCCUUGUUUGUUCUUUAUAGCUUUAUUUACCUGUAUAUUUGUUUCUCUUCUUGUAUUACUAACCUUUGUCUCCUACUAACCGGUCCAGCGUCGUCUCCGGCCUGGACCCUCCACGACACCGGCAUAGACCCACCGCGGCCAACCUAAAUAUAGGGUUUUUCUUUGUUUUUCCCCUAUAAUAUAUAUAGUUAGAGCUAGAUAAGCUAGAUAGCUUCCAUUAGCCUAAUAAUAAUAAUAAUAAUAAUUUAAAUUGGAAUUGUUAGUGGAAUUAAAAUUGU